CGGAUAUUCGGAUAAAUCUGCCAGGUCGCCAGGUAUCUCCCCGACGAAGAAGGCCGCGGAGGGAGCAUGGUUCACAUCAUUAACGGAGAAAUUGUGCAAGAUAAUGAUCCGAGGGUGUUAAAUCGCAAGGCUAAGACUGGUCCGCCUCCAUCAGCCAACAGUACUAGUCGCCAAGGCGGCUUCCAUCAGUCGUCAACUCCGGCCGCGACCCCACAACCUGGAACAAACAACCCGGACGGCAAUCCUCUCUCUCAACUCGCGACAGCGAUCGGAUGUGAAGGAACGGUCGUCAUCCCUGCGUUUCCAGCUAUGAACUUGCGAAGCGUGGUGGUGGAGAAGAUCUACUUUGUCGUGCUGGCCGUACUAAUCUACAUGUUUGGCGCCCGCGCACUCGUCCUUGCUGUGGCCUAUUACUUCUACCUCACUCAACAAGAAGUACCAGCCACACCUCGUCCGUAAUAAAGUACCCGACACACAUAAUCAUUGAUCCAUUUGCAUUGUUGAACCGGUAA